AUGAGUGCACCCAGACGAAAGAAAACAUUGUUGAACCGCUUGUACGGGCAGGCAAAUGCAGGUACAAUGACGGCUAUCAUGGGGCCGUCAGGAGCCGGGAAAACUACGCUGCUCAACAUACUUUCUGGUCACUACGACAGAGGUUAUGAAGGUGAAGUUCAAGUGAACGGCUAUGUAAGAGAAGCGAAGUUAUUCAACCUGCAGAGCUGCUACGUGAUGCAAGACGACUGUCUUCUCGGUUACCUGACAGUGCGCGAGACCCUCGCGAUGAGCGUCGAGCUUAGAACAUCGACGCGCGGACGGAGAAAGAUAUCAGAGAUGGUGGAAGACGCCCUAGAGUUGUGGGGCUUACAAGGUUGCGCAAACACGCUGGCGAGAUCUCUCUCUGGUGGAGAAAGGAAGCGUCUGGUCAUUGCGCAGGAGCUGAUGAGCGAUGUACCAGUGGUUUUUCUCGAUGAACCUACAAGUGGACUGGACAGUUGCUCGGCGCUUCGCUGUGUGCGGGUGCUGAAAACACUUGCCGACAAUGGGCGCACGGUGCUGUGCUCGCUGCACAACCCCAGCGCGAGUGUCUUCUCGCAGUUUGACAGGCUGUAUAUGCUCUCCAAUGGAAUGUGCAUUUAUAACGGCCUCACGGAGCAUUUGGUUCCGUUUCUCAACUCUCUAAACCUGCACUGCCCAGACUUCAGUAACCCAUCUGACUUUAACUGUCCCGAGAACAAGGAAAAGGAGCACGGCGAACAGAGCUUGGUGACGGUCUACGGCGGACGCCUCAUGUCUCGCAAGUUCACAUCUGUUGCUCGAGUGGGUGCGAGCUUGUACUUUGCCUUGCUGCUGAGUGUCACGUACUACUGCUCAGGAAACCGGACAGAGCGGGUUCGUGACACACUUGCCAUGUACUUUGCGAUCCUGAUCAUACUAAUGUACCAGUCUGUAACGCCCAUUCUGCUGACAUUUCCCUUGGAGAUUAAAGUCCUUCUAAGAGAACAGCGAAACUGCCGCUACAGUCCUAGCUUGUACCUGAGUGCGAGAAUAAUUUCUGAACUUCCUUUCACGGCACAUGAGAAAUAA